CCGAAGCCCCGCCUCCGUUGCUCUUAGCUGCCGUUUGUUGACUUCCGGGAACGCGUGAGCCGCCGACGUUCGGAGGGUCGCUGUGGGUGUCCAGAGGACUUGCCACAGCCCGCGUCGGAUCUGUGGCGCUGUCUUAGGCCCCGCCGAAUCGCCCCUGCCGCUUUCCCGGCCCAGGGGCAGGCUCCCCGUGCCGCCCUGGGCAUGGAGGAACCCGAGGAGGUGGUGCCGAGUUCAGGUGCUUUGUUUACAUUUGGAAAAACCAAAUUUACUGAAACUAUUCCCAGCAAAUUCUGGUUUAAAAAUGAUAUACCUACAUUUCUUUCAUGUGGAGAUGAACAUAUUGCUGUUGUUACAGGAAAUAAUAAACUUUACAUGUUUGGCAGUAACAGCUGGGGCCAGUUAGGAUUAGGAUCAAACUCAUUUGUGGGCAAGCCAACAUGUGUCAAAGCUUUAAAACCUAAAAAAGUGAAAUUUGCUGCCUGUGGAGGGAACCACACCAUAGUUUCAACAGAAGGAGACAAAUUAUAUGCAACUGGAGGAAAUAAUGAAGGACAGCUGGGACUUGGUGAUACCAAAGACAGAAACACUUUUCAUCUAAUUGGUUUUUUUACCCAGCAUAAGGUUAAGCAGCUCUCUGCUGGAUCUAACACUUCAGCUGUACUAACUGAGGACGGAGAGCUCUUUAUGUGGGGUGAAAAUUCUGAAGGACAAAUUGGCUUAGAAGAUAGGACCAAUGUAUCUGUUCCCUACCAAGUGACCAUUGGGAAACCAAUCUCCUGGAUCUCCUGUGGAUAUUACCAUUCAGCUUUUGUAACAACAGAGGGAGAACUGUACACAUUUGGAGAACCUGAGCAUGGGAAGUUAGGUCUCCCCGACGAGCUGCUGGCCAAUCACAGAACACCCCAGCGAGUGCCUGGAAUUCCUGAGAAGGUGAUCCAAGUAGCCUGUGGUGGAGAUCACACAGUUGUUCUUACAGAGAAGGCCGUGUACACCUUUGGCCUGGGACAGUUUGGUCAGCUAGGUCUUGGCUCUUCUGUUUUGGAAACUUCAGAACCCCAAAUGAUUGACACUUUUAAGGAUCAGAGAAUAACUUAUUUUUCCUGUGGAGGAAGUCACACAGCUGUGAUAGCAGAUAUGGGCAUUAUGUAUACUUUUGGAGAUGAUCAUCAUGGAAAAUUAGGGCUUGGAGUAAAGAAUUUUACCAAUCAGUUCAUUCCCACUUUGUGCUGUAAUUUUUUGAGCUUUACAGUUCGAUUGGUGUCUUGUGGUGGAUGUCACAUGCUAGCUUUUGCCACUCCACGACUUGGUGUGGCAGAAGAAGUUGCGUUAGAGAAAAGAAGCAAAUCUUGCUUCUGUGCAGUGGCUUCUCUAUCCAUCAGUGAUCAGCCCUCAGGAAAUGUACUGCAUAGAACUUUAUCAGCACGUAUGCGACGAAGAGAGAGGGAGAAAUCGCCAGAUUCUAUUCAAAUGACACGAAUGCUACUUCCUCCCAUACAACCUGUUGGUUUCCCCCCCAGUUCAGUUCCUUCCGCUACGUCUACAAGUAUUCUGCCAGAGGAAAUGAUAUCUGAAAAGAAGGGUCCCAUGCAGCCAACAGAGCCAGGUUAUUUUCAAGAUAAAAUGAUCAAAGGGAAAGAGACAGACAGUUAUUCAACAGCAGAUUCAGAAAGCCUUGGAGAAACUACUGACAUCUUAAAUAUGACACACGUUAUGAGCCUGAAUUCCAAUGACAAGUCAUUAAAAUUAUCACCAAUUCAAAAACAAAAGAAACGAAAAACAGUUAAGAAACUGAAGCAGCACACAGCUCAUACUGAAAAUGACGAUAGUAGUGAAUAUGCAAGUGAAGAGAUGUCCCAAAAAAGGAAAGAAGGGAAAACAUAUAAACAGGUUUUGGCAAAAAGAAUACAAAUGAUGCCACCAGGUCUGACUAUGGAAGCAUUUGCAUAUGAGGGCAUAAGUAGUGACUCAGAGCAGCCUGGGCUGCAGGCCACUGCUGAUACAAAGCAUUUGCAAAAAGAGAUAUUCAGAUGUAAAAUUACAUGCAAUAUUUAUCUACCUGAUGCUAAAGAAAUAGAAAGGGAAAGGGAUGGUGAACACAGUCAGAAGGAUUCAAAAGCAGAAGAUACAGUCUCUGAGAAGGACACUGAGCUGGCGGCAAUGGCAGGUCUGAAGGACAUACAAGAAAGUGAAGCAAAUAUAAGAAAGAUUUAUACAUUCUUUGGUGACUUACCAAAUAGAGACAUGAAUAUUGAAGAUGAAGAGAACAAAUAUAUUCUUAAGGAAAGUAAAAGGAACAAACAAUGUGAGACCUUUAACAAUGAAAAAGACUCUAUAGAAGAGCCAGACAAUUACUUGGAAGGUGAAAGUCCAAGUCAGCAGGAUACAGCUGACUGCUCCGAAGAGCUUGAGUCAGUAGAGUUUAGUAGUGGCGAUACUGAGGACGAUGAAGUAGAAAAUGAGCAUAUCUCGUGGUAUACCAGAAAAUAUAUUGAACAAAGACGGUGGGAAGAGAAUGAACACCAAGUAUCCAAAUUCUUGGCAAAAUACGAGUUUAAGUUUGACCAGUUGUCAGUGAUUCAAGAGGAGGAGUCAGGAGUGAAUUCAGAAAGCAGUCAAACAGAGAAGCAAGAAAUAGAGGCAAGUGAGGAAAAUGUGGAGGCAUCUGGAGGAAAGGAAGAUGAGGAAGCAGAGAUCCUAUCAGCUGGCCUUACAGACAGAGCAGAGGUGAGUGAAGGCAAGGGGAAGUCAGGCAGAGAGGCAGACCGUGUGCCCAAAGGCGGAGGUGAGGGAAUCUGGAAGGAGGGUGCGUCAGGAGUGGGAUGGAGGCAAAGUGAGUGGGAGGAGGAGGAGAAAGACAAGGGAGGAGGAGAAAUGGCGAUCCCGGGUAUGGGAGAGAAAGACCUAGAAGAAGAGGAAGAACAGGAGCAAAAGGAGAGAGAACAAGGCUGUCAGGAGGAAAGAAACAAAGGGGUGGUGAAAGGGGAAAGGGAGGAACAAGGAGAGGAGGGUGAAAGCGGAGAGGAAGAGGGGGAAGAAGAGGAAGGAGACAGGGAAGAGGAAGAAGGAGAAAAAGAGGAAGGAGAAGAAGAAGGAGAGGGGGAAGGAGAGAAAGAGGGAGAGAGGGAAAAGGAGGAAGGAGAGGAGAAAGAAUGGACAGAGGAGGAGGGAGAGGAGGAAGAAACAGAAGGGGAAGGGGUGGAAGGAGAUGGGGAAGGAGAGGGGAGAGGAGAGGAAGAGGAAGGGGAGGGGGAGGAAGGGGAAGAGGAGGAAGGAGAGGAGGAAGGUGGGGAGGAAGGAGAGGUAGAAGGGGAGGAGGGAGAGGAGGAAGAAGAAGAGGAAGGAGAAGGAAAGGAGGGGGAGGAAGGGGAGGAGGGGGAGGAAGGGGAGGGGAAAGUGAGGGAGAGGGAAGAGGGAGAAAACAGGAGGCGAGGAAUAGUGGAAGAGGAAGAAGGGGAAGACAAUGAGGAAGACGAGGGGAAAUAUCAGGAGGCAGGUGAUGAAGAAUUUGAAAGGCAGGUAAGACCAGGUGAAGGAAGAGAGUCCAACAAAGUGAGCCAAAUCAAAGGAUUUGUGAAAUAUAACAAAGAUAAAACAUACCCAAAAAAGUUUAUUACUAACACAGAGGGAAAAGAGAAAGAUCGUAAAGUACAGAGGUUCAAAAUACCAGGGCAGUCAAAACAACGUUUAGAAAAUGGGCCUCCAGGUUCCAACAAAUUCUGGAAUAAUGUAUUACCGCAUUAUUUGGAAUUGAAGUAACAAACUUUAAAUUUGACCUGAUUAUGCCCAGCCAAACAAUUUGGAUGCCCUAUACAUAAUAGGCACUCAGUAUAUUUUAUUAAAUUGAUUUGAUGUCAUGGUUACUUUAUACAUGGUAUAAUAAUGACUGAUGAAAACAACAUGAGGCACUGGUAAAUUUUGGCUUCUCUUAAACUAAUAUUUUGGUGUAUUUUCCCAAAAUUAUAAAUCUAUAAUUAGAAAGUAUCAAAAUACCAAAAGGUCAUGGAUUAUAUUAUAUGUCCCUCAUUAAAGAUAGCUUUAGGAAAUGAGUAUUCCGUUAGAGUAUUUACUUUGUGUGUAAAAAUCAGUCCCUUUGAAAAUGGCACAAAUCUUUACAGGCUCUAAAAAUGUCUUAGUUUCUUAUAUGUAUGUUAGCACAAUUCCUUUCAGUCUUUGAUUACAACUUGCCUACCACAUAGGAUAAUUUUAUAAGCAUGGAUGAUACUCUAAAGUUAAAAUGAGCCAUUCCCAUUUAAAAAACAGUGCUUUUUACCUUAUAUGUGUCCUUUCUGUAACAAUCUACCAACUGGCAGCUGGGUUCAGAGCUUAUAUCCUAAUAGCGUGAUUUCUUUUAGUUACUGUCUAGACAAAUGGCAGUAUAUCUAAUGAAAUGGAGAUUGAUUUAUGCAUAUAUUCUAGAAGUAUGUAAAACUUUUAAGUAUUUAUUAGCCAAACAAAGCUACUUGUUGAGCCUCAGUUUCCUCAUCUGUAAAAUGGAGUGGAUUAGAUUAUAAGUAUAGUUCCUUCUAACUUGUAGAGUCUGUCACUCUAAUAGGUUGACAUACUCACUCAUGUUUGUUAUUUGCAUAAAAUUUUUAAGGAAGAAAAGUUACACUUUACAAUUAAAUUAGUCUUCUAUAUUGUUAUUUACUCUUAAGAAGUUAUGACAGGUUGAAUGUCUCUUGUCUUCUGUAACUCUGUAUUUCUCAACUCCUAUAAUUUCUUAGUUUUAACUGUACUAUCCAAACCUUCAUUUCCAGUGUCUAUUAUGUACCCUGCAUGUAUUCUUUAUUGACUGUUCUGUAAUUCUCAGUUUGUCUGUUGGUUGUCAGAUUAUUUCAAGUAAAAUAAAAAUUAAAUGUGUGCACUCAGUGAUUGUUUGUGAAAAGAGAAACUAAUGUUAGAUACUGAUUUCUAGAGAGGCUAGAUUUCUACUAGAAAAAUUUCAAUCUUUCUUUAAAAUUUUCAGUGUAUAUAAUACAGCUAGAUUGAUUGCUGGUUAUUCCCAGUACCCUUUCCAACUGAUUUCCUUCCCCAGUCUAUUCUGUAUCUUGGACAUGAGGGAUUUCUUAUACUUCCUUUCAUCAAGGAAGAUUUUAAUGGAUAAACUUCCUAUGAAUUUUGUGUAGUUGAAUUCUUUGCAUAUUUGAU